UGGGGAGUUUUUUAGGAGGUUGUCCGGGUGAGGAGUACGGGCAGAGAGGAAGAUGGGAAACUUGAUCGGUGUAUUUCAAUUCUAUCGACUCCAGGUUCCUCCACCGCGAUGCCCAAGACUCCGCCAAACGCGCACUGCGUCACCGGCUGCGAACCCCUGCAUCCCGCCCACGAACCUUAACCAUACAGCCCAGCUCUCGCAAGACACCGUCACUCUCACUCCUUAGGGAAAUAAUACCAUGUCACUCUCAGCACAAUGCCCCGCCUACGCCCCAUUCUUCGGCU